AAUGGAUUAAUCUUCAUCAAUUCUGAGUAUUAAGAGAGAGAAAUUUAGAACCGUGAUCAGAAAAGAGUUCAUUGAAUAAUAACUCAAGAAAAAGAGAAUCAUUAUACCUGAAUAAGAAGAUCAUGAUUUGAAUGAUAAACUCAAAAUUAUUAAAAAAUAGAUGAUAGCCAUUCAUGAAAAUAUUGAAAACGAUUUUAAAAAAGCCAUGAUUAAAUACUAUGAUUAUUUAGUAGACUAAGAUCUCAUGAAUGAAUUGCUUCUCUAAUUUGAAUUGAAUUGCCAAUAAAAUUAUAGGAUAAAUAUCUAUUGGAUUCUUUGCAAUCUCACUCUAGGAGAUAAUAUUGGAGCCAGAUUUCUAUUCGAUACAAAUUUCGACUUUUUAAAAAUACUUUACACUGAUAUUAAGAAUCCUGCUUACAAUGAAUUUGUUCUUGAAAUCAUUUAAAAUUUAUUAGCAGAUGAUGACAUCGAUGUUUUCGAAUAUUUGAUGAGAGAUGAUGAACUACUUCAAAUGCUGAAUAAAAAUGUCAAUAUCAUAUCAGAAGAAAACUAUAAAAAAUUAUUAGUGCAUAUUUGUGUUAAAAUUGUUGAAUUUAAAUCAUUAUUGAGUAAUUAUUUAGUUGAAACAUUGUGUUAAUUGAUGCCUUAAUAUAUAGCAUUCUAGUGCUCUUACAUUCUUACUUCAAGAAUGGAAUUUACUAAUCAUCAUCUGGUCCUUCAUGCCGUCAGAUAUUUAUUAAACAAUGAUGAAAAUCUCACAUCUAUCAUCUUAAGGAUUUUACAAGAAAUAACAGAUUCUUAUUUACUCUAUUAAAUACUGCAACAAAAAGAAAUACAUAACUUUAUCUGUAAUUUAUUUUUAACAACAAACAAUUCAAAUUGUAUUAAAUCUCUACUUACUAUAUUUUAUAAUGUAGUCGAAUCAGAGGAGAUAUAGUUUUAUAUCUGUCAGAAGGAAGUCUUAACCCUAAUAAUAAAAUAUUCAUUAAACUUAGAAUACACUGAAAAAUCAUUAAAUGUAUUAGAAUAUCUAAUGCAAGAUGAUAAAUUUUUAUUUGACUAUCCUGAACUUGUAGAUGAAUAAUAUUAUUGUUCAUAAUUGCAUAAUUUAAAUGAUGAAGAUCCAAAUACUUCAAUUGCUAUUUUAAAUUACAUUAAAAGAGUACUAGAAUUUUGGGAUACGAGGAAUGAUGACAAGUAUUUAAAUAUAUUUUCUAAAUACAAAAAUAAGGUAAAAUAUAUAUUUUAUUAUAAGGUAGAAAAUUUGCAUAUGUCUUAAAAUAAAAGUCUAUCAAAUUUAGCAAAUUAGUUACUUUUAUGCUACGAUUGAAUUAUUAUUAUUUUUAUUAAUAUAUAAAUAAUUGGAAAUGUUUAGAACUUUAGAUGAUUUAAAGAAAGGUGAAAAAGAUGAAAAACAAAAGAAAACGAGCAAUUCUUAUGCUGGAGGAGAAAAGAGGUAAGAAUGUUGAUUAAAUAACUUAGUGGUCUCUCUGUUGAAAAUCCUGAUGAUAUGGAUUAAAUAAUUAAUAAUGCGUAAUAAUCAAUUAAAUCCAUAUAGAAAAUAAGGAGGCACAAGGCCUGAUUAAGAUGAGGAUCCAAAAGAAUGGUGCAAAAUUACUUUAUGGAGUAAUGGAUUUUAAAUUAAUGAUGGUGAAUUUAAAGAUAUCAACGAUCCAGAAAGCAAGAAAUUUCUAGCUGAAUUAAAAUAAAAGUAAUCUAAGUAUCUAUUCGUAAAGUUAAGUGCCAACAUCCCUGCGAUCUAAAUAUCCAAAAGGAUUGAGUGUCAAAUUGGAAGAUAGAAAAUCAGAGAAAUAUGUACCACCUCCCCCUCCAAAAUAUGUGGAAUUUAGUGGAUCAGGAGUCAGUUUGGGUUAAUAAUAAUUUGUAUAAUAAUAACAACAAGUUAAAGUUGAUUUGAGCAAAUAAGGAUAAAUACAAAUUGAUCCUAAUCAACCCACAACCGACAUUAUGGUUAGACUCUCCACUGGUAACACAAUUACAUUGACUGUUAAUACUACAACAAGAGUGUCAGCCAUUCAAUAACAUCUUUUAAGGUAUUUAAAAUAUUUAAAGUGUCAAGAAUGAUGAAUUUGCCUCCUCAAAAAUAAAUCUAGUUAAUUUCUGGCUUCCCUCCAAGACCAAUUUAGAAUCUAAACUAAACUGUUGAAGAGGCUGAUUUAUGCGAUUCCUAAAUCACUUAAACUGUUGUUUGAGUUAUUAGAACAAAAAUAUCU